CCAAGCGCGCUGCCCCUCACCCUCGCCGAUAUAACGAACCCCAAACCCCCACAACGCCGGCCAUCCACACACACACUCCCACUGCGCACAAUUCCAGCAUCAGCAAUGCCUCCUCCCCUUCGCCUCCUCGCCCUCCUCCUCCUCCUCCACCUCCCCUUCGCCCUCUCCUCCCGCCACCACCACAAAGCCCCGGCGCCGCCGCCCCGGAAGGCGCCUCCUCCGGCGGCCAACUACGCGGCGCCGCUCCCCGUCCUCCUCGCCUGCAACGCCACCCGCUUCCGGCCCGCCUGCGUCGCCACGCUCUCCGCCGCCAACGUCACCGCCGCGUCCUCCCCCUCCGACCUCCUCGCCGCCACGCUCUCCGCGCUCCGCGCCCGCCUCCCGCCGGCCGUCUCCACCGCGCGCUCCGUCCUCGCCUCCUCCAAGAACGUCAACCUCACCGCCGCCGCCACCAACUGCCUCACCGCCCUCUCCCUCUCCUCGAACCGCCUCGCGCCGCCGCCCUCGCCGUCGGCGCUCAUGCCCGCCUCCGCCUCGCUCCUCCACCUCUACGACUGCUGGUCCGCCUACAAGUACGUCAACUUCUCCCGGACCAUCUACGACGCCAUGGCCUACCUCAACGACACCAUCACCGUCAACAGCAACUACAUCUCCAUGCUCGCCGCGCUGAAGCGGUACGGCGACGACACGUCCCACUGGGCGCCGCCGCAGACGGAGCGCGACGGGUACUGGCCUUCGCCCGCGGCGUCGGGCGGCGACGUGGACGCGCUCGGCGUGCCCAAGGGGCUCCCCGCGGACGCGACGGUGUGCGGCGCCGGGUGCGACUACAAGACGGUGCGGGAGGCGGUGGCGGCCGCGCCGGACAACGGGGGCAAGAGGUUCGUGGUGUACGUGAAGCAGGGCGUGUACAAGGAGACGGUGAGCGUGCCGUGGGAGAAGACCAACCUGGUGCUGGUCGGCGACGGCAUGGGGAAGACGGUCAUCACCGGCGACCUCAACGCCGACACGCCCGGCGUGUCCACGUUCAACACGGCCACCGUAGGCGUGCUCGCGGACGGCUUCAUGGCGCGGGACCUGACGAUCGCGAACACGGCGGGGCCGGACGCGCACCAGGCGGUGGCGUUCCGCUCGACGGGCGACCGCACGGUGCUGGACACGGUGGAGCUGCUGGGGCACCAGGACACGCUGUACGUGCACGCCAUGCGCCAGUUCUACACCCGCUGCCGCGUGGCCGGCACGGUGGACUUCGUCUUCGGCAACUCGGCGGCCGUGCUCCACGACAGCGACCUCGUCGUGCUGCCCCGGCAGCUGCGGCCGGAGAAGGGCGAGACGGACGCGCUGACGGCGCAGGGCCGCACCGACCCGGCGCAGCCCACGGGGAUCGUGCUCCGGGGCUGCCGCGUCAACGGCAGCGACGAGUACAUGGGGUUCUACCGGCAGAAGCCCGGCGUCCACCACGUGUUCCUGGGCCGGCCCUGGAAGGAGUACUCCCGCACGGUGUUCGUCGGGUGCACGAUGGCCGAGAUCGUGCGGCCCGAGGGGUGGAUGCCCUGGAGCGGCGACUUCGCGCUCAAGACGCUCUACUACGGGGAGUAUGAUAGCGCUGGCCCUGGCGCCGGCGGGCGGAGCGGCGGCGGCAGGGUGGCGUGGAGCAGCCAGGUGCCCAAGGAGCGCGUCGACGUGUACAGCGUCGCCAGCUUCAUACAGGGGGACGAGUGGAUACCCAAAGUGAAGUAGUAGGCUUUUUUGUCAGUCCUGGUAGCAUACAUAAUCGAGCUCGCGUGAGCUAGUGGGCCGGUCGGCGAUGAUCGUGCCACUCGGUCACGGAUGUACUGCAGACGUUGCAGUUAUGCGAAUGCAGUGGUGCCUAACGCAAA